AUGUCGCGCUGGGAGCUGCUGAGACCACCGCAACAGCCUCUGCUUGUUGAAAAAUUCCUUAACUUCCUCUUUUCUACAUGGUUCUUAGACAUAAUCACUCCUGAAUUUAUGGGUGGCAAGAUCAAUAUAGACCAGACUUUGCAACUGCUCACUAAGUUUAACGUCUCCUACGACUACGUUCACGUGAAAAAAUUGUUUAAGAAAACAAAUGACAAACAGAAGUCUGGAGUUAUUACCAUAGAAGAUUUCAGGGCCAUUUAUCGCGCUUUCAUGCACAGACCUGAAUUUCACGAACUCUUUUGCAGCUACUCGCCUAACAAAAAGAUCCUAACAGCAGGCAAACUAGCUGAAUUUCUAAGAAGGGAACAGUUUGAAGUUGGAGGUGAAGGAAGAGCUGUUGCACUGAUUAACACUUACGAACCCAUAGUGGAAGCAAAGAACAAGAAAGAGAUGACGUUCGAAGGCUUUAUCCGAUACCUGCUUUCAGACGACUGCAACCUGUUUAAAAGCCUGCACAAAAAGGUUUAUCAAGAUAUGACCUACCCACUGUGUGAUUACUUCAUUUCCUCUUCGCACAACACCUACCUGAUCUCGGACCAGCUUGUAGGACCGAGUCAUCUCUGGGGCUAUUCCAGUGCCCUCAAUAAGGGAUGCCGCUGCCUUGAAAUUGACUGCUGGGAUGGGCAAGACAACGAGCCGGUGGUUUAUCACGGACAUACCUUAACCAGCAAAAUUACCUUCAAGAGUGUCAUCAGUGUGAUCCAUAAGCAUGCUUUUGUGGCAUCGGAUUAUCCCAUUGUUUUAUCUUUGGAGAAUCACUGUAGCCCCCCACAACAGGAGAUCAUGGCAGCUUGCAUGAUAGCUAUUCUGGGGGACCAACUGGUUACUUCGACACUUAAUAAUGAGAUGCCGACCGAGCUACCCUCCCCAGAGGACCUGAAGUUCAAAAUCAUGAUAAAAAAUAAGAAAGUCGGGAAUCUGGAAGACACCCUUCAACGGAAGAAUAAGGUAGCUAGAGGUGACGUAAUGGAGGCUGAGGAUACUUCAGAAUCAGAAGAGGAGCAAGAGGGAUCUUUGCUCAAGAGAGCUGUUGGUUCGAAGACACCGGAAAAGACACCGGAAAAAAAGAAGGAGAAGCACCGAAAUGUUCAAGUGGCGAUGCUGCUGUCAGAACUCGUGAUUUACACCAGAUCCCGGAAGUUUGUCAGCUUUGAAGACUCAAAAAAGAAGCAGAAAUUUUACGAAAACAACUCCAUAGGAGAAACGAAAGGGCAAAAGCUGAUUCUCAAGAUGGCCAAAAAUUUCGUCUUGCACACGUGCCGGUUCAUCACCCGGAUCUACCCCAAAGGGACACGGACAGGCUCUUCAAACUACGACCCCCAAGAAUUCUGGAGUGUCGGUUGUCAAAUGGUGGCCUUAAACUUCCAGACACCAGGACAACAGAUGGACCUACAAAAUGGGAAAUUUUUGGACAACGGUGGUUCCGGCUACCUCUUAAAACCAGAGUACUUGAGAAAGAAGAAUACCCAGUACAACCCAUUUGAUGUCGUUGGGAAAUACAAUCCAGUUACACUUACGAUAAAGAUUAUUAGUGGUCACCAGCUGCCUCCUAGUAACCUUUCCAAGAGUAAUAAGGCUCAUCCGUUAGUCAGGCUAGAAAUUCACGGUGUUCCUGAAGAUAUGGCAAAGCACCAGACGUCUGUAAUAAAGAACAACGCUUUUAAUCCUAGAUGGGAUGAGAUAUUCACCUUCAACGUUCACGUGCCGGAUCUUGCCUUGAUACGCUUUAUUGUAGAAGAUCGGAUGUGUAUGAUUGCCAAUGAUUUCCUUGGCCAAUAUACUCUGCCAUUUACAAGUAUGAAUAAAGGUAAGAGAAGCAGUUUGUAA